AUGUCUGCGAAUCAUCAUUAUCGCAGGCUCAAACUGCCUGACGAUGCACCAUUCGAGCUGAAGCCCUCUCCAGGCAAAGGAUGGGGUGCUUUCGCCACAAAACGCAUUGAACGAGGAUCCCUGAUCCUGAAGGAAAAGGCCCUUUUCGUGAUUCAGAAGUCCUCUGUUGAUAUCACAGGAUUGGAUGUUUUUAGGGCCCUUAUGGAACUCUCGACCACGGAGCUGGUACAAUUUCUACUAAUUCAAAACAAUGAGUCGGAGGAACCUAAAGGUUUGCUUGAGACUUUGUCGGGAAACUCUUUCGCCAGUGCCCUUAAGUCUGUAGGGUUUUAUACCCUUGGCUCUCGGUUCAAUCAUUCGUGUAUACCCAACGCGAGGGUUCCAAGCGACCCAAGGCCGUUUAUCGAACUUCUUGCCACCAAGAACAUCGAGGCUGGCGAGGAAAUCUACUUCUGUUACACCCCAGAUCUCAAAGCUCAAACCAGACAUGAGCGUCAUGAAUCUCUGGGUUUUGUGUGCUCCUGCAAAGCAUGUCUGCCUGGAACUCCGUUCCAAGAACUCAGUGAUCUGCGACGACGAUUGAUUCGCGGGAUACUCUACAUUACGCGAGCAGUGGACUUGGACGGCCAAAGACAAACCUCACAGUCACCGCUGAUUGUCGACCCUAAGCUCAAAGCCGCUGCGGAAACCGGCAACAUACCUCUUAUGUCUCGAAUGGUCCUUCACCUCCUGAUGGUUGUCUUUCUCGAAGAGGAAGGAUUGUUAGAUGAUUGGGCCGUCAAGGUAGUCGAGCAAGGAGCGGUCACACCGGUGUUCUGGUGCCAGUCAGCAUACAACUACGAAAUCGGUGAUUUGGCUCUAGUCCAGGAUACAUGGCUGAAGAAACUGCAAGUGGCGUUUCCGCUAUAUGGACGAACAGAUCCCGCUGAUCAAAUGAUUGCCCGGAUGUUUCAACAAGCGAGCCAGAAGUACGCUGCCGGACAAGCUAUGCCACCCUGGACUUGA